CAUCAUGGCCAACCAGUGUUCCGGUCACGUCUUUGCCAUUGUCCAGGCUACCAACGGCAACAUCCUGACCUGGCGGUGCUCAGACUGCAACUCUGGACCCUUUGUGGCGAUCUGGCGCUGCAAGAUUUGUGGCCAUUGUCGCUGCAAUGCAUGCCACAAUGCCAAAGCAUAGGGACUUCUGCAUCUGCCGGCAUAUACA